AUGGCGACAGACAAAGAUUUGGCAAACAUCAUUGGGAGAUUGCCAUUGAGGGAAGGCGAAAGCACCAGAUACUCCACGAGUUCUUUGAAUACCACUCGGAUUGAUCCGUUCCUGACGGUUGUUGCAAAAAACCACUAUCCAAGAAUAGUUUCGCACAACUCCAUUGCCUUUCACUGCCGUAAUAUUUGGUCUGUGAGGCGUGGAUUUGCAGUAAGGCCUUUGGGUGAGAAUUUGGUUCAUAUUAAAUACAAUGAUCACAUAGAUCGGGCUAGGGUUUGGCAUGGUGAGCCUUGGUUGCUUGGUAGGAAGUAUCCUUUGGUCUUAAAACCUUCUGAUGAUCUUAAUGUGGAUUUUGAGUCAUGCCCUUGGUGGAUCCAUCUGUAUAACUGUCCUCUGAAUCUUAUGAAUGAGGAAUUCACUGCUUUUGCGAGGAAUAAGAUUGGCAAGAGUUGUCUGACAACAACCCCUGGGAGUUCAUCCAAUCCACCAAAAUAUGGAAGUUGGUUGAAAGCAAAAGGUUAUUGGAACCCUUUUGUCUCGAAACGUCCAGUGAAUGAGCCUGAUUUGUUUCAUGUUCCAGAUGAAUCUGAUGAGGAAGUAGCCCCAUGGAGAAAACGUCAAGCUCAUCGUAUAUCAUUCAUCUGUAAUCGAACUUCUCAUCAAGCCGUAUCAGAUGAACCUGCUCCCAUUAUCGUUUCUCCUACUAAACCAUCUAAUCCUCCAUCAUCUUUUCCAUUCUUUGAACCUGAAAAUGUUUGCCCCGCUAAUCCGUCACCCAUUCAAAAUCAGAAAGGCAAAAAGAAAGUUCUUUCAUCUGCUGAACCUGAUGUGAACAUUAUUCCAGUUUCCCCAGUUUCAAAUAAUAAUCUCCCAAACCCGAACCCUACCCAGCUAUGUUUUCCUUCUCCCCCAGAACCUUAUCACCCCUUAUCUUCCCCACCCGUUCUUGAUCCUGUAUCUAUUCUCCCCACUCAUAAUGGCAACCAGAAUCCCCAAGAAUAUCUCUACGGAUGGCGAGGCGUGGGGAGUCCUCGGAAAUUCCAGGAGCUGGACGAAAUAGUCCGAGCUAAAUCCCCGCACCUCAUCUUUCUUUGUGAAACCAAGAGUAAUCAGAGGCAAUUUGAUCACUUGAAAGAGAAAUUGGGUAUGUUUGGUUUAUGUGUUGAAGCUCAAGGUUCCUCAGGAGACCUUGCCAUGUUAUGGAGGAAAGAUUUGAUCGUGAAUUUGCGUUCUUUCUCAGACCGAUUCAUUGACACUAAUGUUGUUUUGCUAGGAUCAAGCGUUCGCAUCACCGGUAUUUAUGGGGAGCCAGACGUUUCGCUUUGUAGAGAUGCUUGGAACUAUCUUUCCUCCCUGUAUGAUCCGUUAGAGCAACCUUGGCUUAUGUUUGUUAGAGCAACCUUGGCUUAUGUUUGGAGACUUUAA